AUCGGGGUAAACAGAGUGCACACGAACCAAUGUCGAUGUCAAGAUCAACUUCCAUAACGAUGUCAUUACAAUUGUCAAUGAACUACACCCGCCUCACGGCGACAGCAACAUCAUCCACCAUCAAACCCGCGACGACAUUCAUCUGCUCCCAAUGCCGACACGCAACGCUCCUCCGCCGACCUAAGAGGCCUUACACCUUCACACAGCUCAUAACCCUCUCUGAUGGAAGCACGUUCACGCACCGCACCACAUCCCCGGCCCCCGUGUACCGAUCCACGCGAGACACCCGCAACUCUCUUCUCUGGAACCCGUCAUCCAACAAACUUAUGAAUAUCGAAGAAGAUGAGGCUGGUCGACUUGCCGCCUUCAGAGCGAAAUUCGGACGCAGCUGGGAUGCCAACACUACUGCUUCCGAGGCGGCUGCUACUUCAUCUGAUGCUAAGGAUAAGAAGGCCAGUGCAGAUGCGAAGGCUAAGGAGGCAGCGGAGCAGAGCGCUCUUGAAGAGGAGGAGGAUAAUCUUUUGGAUUUGAUUAGUUCGUUUGGGCAGGAGAUGGAGCAAGAGAGUCCGUCUAAGAAGAAGAAGAAAUGAUUGUUUUCGUUCUGAAUUUAUGGCACCUUCGUUCAAGGGGAUCUAUCCGUGACAGGGUCCCGAUCGAUGAAUUUGAAUUGGUUCUUUUUGUACCAUUAUGGGUGGUGGGCGCAAGAGGAGUGUUUACCCUCUUCUCGAUUAUUGUUAAUAUAUUUAAGUCGUUGAGUCAAUUUCUGUGGUCCGACGUCGACACUAUCUAGCAGUUUUAUGUGCUGUAUAUCCCUGGGCAUCAGUUAUUCAAUUAAGGCAAUCCUCACGAAGCUCCAGGGAUACAUUCAUCAUUAUUGAGAAUAGUCCAUACUCUACAUACUCUAUAUGCAGGGUAGUAGGCUGAACUGGCAGUGUGAAGGGACUCCAUGAAUUUUAUUGCCAUUCAGCCGCUAUAACAAGCAGCAGGACCUCAGAAGCCCUGGAGAAGGUUAGGUAUCAUUGCG